AUGGGCGAAAUGGAAUGGGGCAACUAUGAAGGCGAGGUCGCAUUAUUUCAGAUAACUGAAAAUUUUGUAGAAAAUCGGCUAAAAUGUAGAGUUACUAAGAAGCUGAUUAGCAUCACCAUACAGGUAACACAUGGCAAAGAGUGUCCUUCCUCCAAGACAUCUGCACUUGCAAGAAAGUGGGCUUUCCUUCUUCCCGACCCCCAAUGGCCCCAUAGGGCUUCGCAUUCUCCUUAUUCGCAGCCGGAUAUUGCUCCCCCUGGUGCCGCACAGCAACCAUACCCUGGAACCCACGGGAAGUACGCCCCUGCGCCAGCGGAAGAACCCGAUUGCCUCUACCGGCCGAGACCCACGGGGAGUGGGUAG